AUGUCGAAUAGCAUUGACGAUAUCAACGACGAGACUGAAAUGAUUUUUGAUGAAACAGGACAGAUAAAAUUUGCAACACUGAAUGCGCUGGUUACCUAUCUGACGACUGAGUCAAAUGAUAAAAAAAAUAAAGAUAUAAAUACAAAUUUUGAUAAAAUUUUCAUGCAUACGUUUAAAUUGUACUGCGAACCUUUAGUUUUUUUGGAACUCUUGAUCCAAAGAGUCCAAUCAAACAAUCCUGAUAGCAACGAGUUGAUGGUCAAAUUAAAAAUUCAUGAUAUAAUAAAGAUCUGGCUGUUAAAUCAUUGCGAUAAAGAAGACGAGCAAGACGAGAUUUGUUUAAAAAGAUUGACUACUUUUAUUAAUGAUGAUGUGUCAGAGAGCGAUAAAGAUAUUUAUGAAGAUUUAUUAACCAUUAUUGAUAAAAUCGGAACCAAAAAUUUAUACGAAAUUAAUUUUGAUGAAAGAACAAUUUCUACAUUUUCAACAACUUCAUCUCCAUUACCUAUAAUUCCAAAAAACUUGAAAAAAUUAACUAUAUUAGAUAUUGAUCCUUUAGAAAUGGCCAGACAAUUAACAAUUCUCGAAAGCAAAUUAUUCAAAAAAAUCAUGCUUGGGGAAUUUUUAACAAAAAAUCGUGAAAAUGCAAAAAAUAUAAAAGAACUUAUAAAAAAAACCAAUCAUACCUCAAAAUGGAUAAUUGAAUCAACGCUGAACCAAACAAAAAACAGGACACGAAGUUUAGUAAUCAAGCAUUUUAUAAAUGUUGCCAACGAAUGUCGAAAUUUAAACAAUUUCAGUUCAAUGGUUGGAAUAAUUUCAGGAUUAACUUCUUUUGAGGUGUUUAGACUAAAAAACAGUGGAUGGAACGCAUUGAAUGGUGAGCGUGAAUUAAUGAGAACUUUUGAUAGUAUGAAGAAAUUAAUUAGUCCUUCGAAAAACUAUCAAGAAUAUCGCUCACACUUGAAUAAUAUUAGACCACCUUUGGUACCAUUUUUAGUGAUGGAAGACGAUAAUAUUGAUUUCUUCAAUCGCAAAGAAAACUUCCCCAAUUUAAAACAUAAAUAUAUAUAUUACUCAAAGUCCAUAAACAUAUUUGAGAUUCUUGAUUCGAUCAAACGAUUUCAAUCACUUGAUUAUAACUUGAAACAAGUUGACGAAAUACAGGAAUUCAUCCAAUCUUGUUUAAAGAAUGUGGAAACUGACAGCUCCGUAUUCGAAAGAAAAAGUUAUACUAUUGAACCAAAAAUUUAA